AUGCUUCGAUGCCAAGCAAUCGGCGAUCAAUCAGCUCUGGCGGCGCGGCUAAACCCAGACAGGGCGGAAGUCUGGCUCGUCGAAAAGUCCAAAGCGGCCGCAGCUCUCGCGUCGAGCCAACUCUCUAUAAUCAACCAACUCAAAAGGAAGAACAAUGUUGUGCGCAAUUUCGGGAGAAGCACCCCAAGUGCCCGUUGUCUCGCCCAAGAGCGUGUUUUCGAGAGACGGCUUAUCGAAGCAUAUAUCGCAGAGAAUGGCAAAGACCCAGUAAACGGGGAGGAGCUUUCGACCGACGAUCUGAUCGAAGUCAAGACCCAGCGGGUUGUCCGACCCCGACCUCCUACACUUACCUCCAUCCCCUCGCUGCUCAAUGUAUUCCAAGAAGAAUGGGAUGCGCUGGCUCUGGAAACCUACACAUUGCGCCAGACCUUGGCUCAGACGCGACAGGAGCUGAGCGUAGCACUUUACCAACACGAUGCUGCCGUUCGGGUGAUCGCUCGCCUGACAAAGGAAAGGGACGAAGCUCGUGAUGCCUUGUCGAAGGUCACUGUUGGCGCCAGCCGCACCGGUGGCGACGAGGCUAUGCAGGUUGACUCUACCGGGCUGCCUGAUGCUGUCCUAGCAAGGAUUGAGAGUACACAGGUGGCUCUGUCCAAGACCCGCCGCAAGCGAGCUAUCCCGGAAGGCUGGGCUACCAGCGAUGCCCUUUCUACAUACAAACCCACCGAAACCCUGGAGCCUUCCUACCCAGGUAGCAAGGCGCUGUCCGUCAAUUCCUCCGGAGAGUUGGCCCUGGUUGGAGGUGCUGACGGUGCUGUCGGUAUUUUCUCUCUAUCUGAGAAACGCGUUGUCGGAACCCUGCAGGCAAGCGGUCCGGUCACAGACGCUGUUUGGGCAGGCGAUAAAGCUGUAAUUGCCUCUUCUACUGGUUCAGUCCAGGUCUUUGAGAAUGGCCAGGAAUCGGCAAACUUCACUUCUCAUGCUGGACCCGCAACUGCCCUUGCUCUCCAUGCUACUGGAGACUUAGUGGCCUCUGUUGGCGUUGAUAAGAGCUAUGUGUUGUAUGACCUGGCAACCAACUCUGUUAUUACCCAAAUCUUCACAGACGCAGCUCUUCAAUCUGUGCAUUUCCACCCUGAUGGCCACCUCAUUGCGGCCGGCGGUGCAGAUGGUCAGAUCAAAAUCUUUGAAGUCAAGUCUGGCACAGCCGCCGCGAACUACGCCAUGUCUGGUCCCGUUAAAUGCCUGUUCUUCUCUGAGAACGGUACUUUCCUUGCUGCAGUGGCAGAAGGUUCAACUGUUUUGUCGAUCUGGGAUCUGCGUAGCUCCAACGAGAUCAAGGUUCUGGAGACGGGCAGCCAGAUCGACUUCGUCUGCUGGGACUACACUGGGCAGUAUCUGCUCACCGGUGGCCCCAGUGGUCUGACCGUUCAGCAAUACUCCAAGGCUUCCAAGGAAUGGUCGGAGCCUCUGCGUAGCGCUGUGCCGGCAGUAGCAGUGGCUUGGGGUGCUUCUGCCCAGACUAUUGUGGCAUUGAAUACAGAAGGUGGAAUCGCAAUUCUGGCAGCACAGCAGUCAUGA